AUGCAGCAUUCCUCGCAUCAAGAGAAGGAGAUGUGCUCUGGUCCAUCGCGAGGAACAUUGUCUCGUUUCCAACCUCCCUCUGUACGCAUGGGAUUCUCAUUUCCGAUCCAGCGACAAGGCGCCAUCGGCUCCGGCCGAGUUUAG